AUGUGUUGUUACGUGGGAAAAGCAACCAAGAUCUUCAUCUUCCUGCUCACACUCUUCGCCUUCUCCACCCUUAUUUUCGGCUUCGCCUUCCUCACGCGCCACCAAAAAUCCGACCACGCGCCGCCGCCGGUUUUCCCCGCUCCGGCCUCCACUUACCCUAUUCCAACUGUUACUCAGCCGCCGGAUAAUAAUCACGCCACUCCUGGCGCUCCUGAUUCGUCAUCAUCGCCGCCGCCGCCUCCACCACCGGUGGCUCCGUUUCCACCGCCGCCGCCUCGCGUAGCUUCGACCACACCACGCUCGCAGGUGGCGCCGCUCCAGCAUCCGCCGCCGGUAGCUUCGGCCCCGCCGCCUCCUCCGGUAGAUUUGUUCCCUCCGCCUCCGCCUCAAUCGCCGCCUAGGGUUAGCGCGGCGGCUCCUCCGCCGGCAUUAUGUCCUGAGAAAUGA